UCUUGUCUUUGCAAAAUUGUGAAUUUAGAUUUCAGAUGAAAUAAUAUAAAUCGAAUAGUAAUAAUAAUAAGAAUGCAAAUUUCUGAUAUCUCGUGAAACAUUCUUUGUUAAGUGUUCACAUUUUAUUUGUGCAAAAUAUUUAUAGAAGUACCAGUUGCGAAACUUACUUAAAAUAUGAGUUCCGAUAGUGAUGAUGACGGCUCCACAGGACGUGGUGGCGGAGGCUCUGGUGAUAGCGCCGGUGGUGGCUUCGGAAUCGACUUAACCGGAAUACUAUUUGGCAACAUAGACUCUGAAGGAAAAUUGGUGGAUGAUGACGCAGGCAAUCCAUUCGAUUCGGAAUUUCGUGAACACAUUGGUUCAUUGUCCAAAUUGGGCCUGAACUCGUUAUUAAAUGAGGUAAUAGAGACUGAAAAAGAUGAGCUCGAUGAUGUGGAUCCACCCAAGCACCAAAUGAGUGAUUUCGAUGCAUUAAAAGCGGGGUUUUCUAACAGUGAUGGAAACGAAGCCGAUAACGAAGAUGAUGGUGAAAUUGUGAAGGAUGACGAUGCCGUAGAUUAUUCAGACAUAAACGAAAUGUCCGAAGACUGUCCGCGUACGCCACCAACAAAUGAGUCGAAUAUGCUCGAGGAUCUCGAGGAUGCAAUACCCGCCACAAAAGUUGAAGCUUCAAGCCUUACAAAAGAUGACAAAGAAUUAAUGCCACCGCCGCUUGCACCUAUACGUAGCGCUUCAACGGGCAGCAGUAAUGCGGAUGGUUCAGUCAAGGCAAAUGGCCCUGAUAAUUUAAGUCCAGACACGAAAUCGGAAAAACCAACAGAACGCAAGUUGGAUACACCCUUAGCAGAUAUGUUACCUUCUAAGUACGCUAAUGUGGAUGUUAGAGAAUUGUUUCCCGAUUUUCGACCGGACAAAGUGCUGCGUUUUUCACGACUUUUCGGCCCUGGAAAGCCGUCAAGUUUACCACAAAUUUGGCGGAGCGUUAAAAAAAGGAGGCGACGACGAAAGCAUUCACGGGAUCAAAAAAAUCCAAAUCCCGGUUCUGAUUCUACAAGCGAUUCGGAAGAGCCCAAAAAAAAGGGGUUCGGCCUUCAUUAUGGCCCCGACCCGAUGCCAAAUCAAUGCUUUUCCGAUGAUGAAGAUAAAUUGCUGAGCAUUUCAAACAAUGAGGAUGUAAAGCCCGAAGGCCCAGAGAAUGGCGAAAAUAAUGAAAACAAGCCCAAAAUCGCUGAUUGGCGUUACGGCCCCGCUCAAAUCUGGUACGACAUGUUGGAUGUUUGCGAUUCUGGGGAGGGUUUCAACUACGGCUUUAAAACAAAACCUUCAGGAGCUCCACAAAAGGGUGGCAUAUCAGAACACCAAGCACCAGUGCCAAUGGAAGGUGAUAUCGAAAUAAAGGGUGAGCCAAUAGCGGAUGACGCGUUUUUGAUGGUCUCGCAACUGCAUUGGGAGGAUGAGGUUGUUUGGGAUGGCAACGAUAUUAAAGCGAAAGUUUUGCAAAAAUUAAACUCAAAAACAAUAGCUGCUGGCUGGUUGCCAUCAAGCGGCUCACGCACAGCCGGCGCCUUCAGCCAACCCGGUAAAACAAUGCCAGUAUCUGGAAGCACAGGUACUGGCAAGCAAGGUAGUAGUGGCACGUCUUCCAGCAAGAAAGCAAGUCAAAUUAUUCAAAAGAAAGCACCAGAAGCAGUGGAUGACACCUGGUACAGCAUCUUUCCAGUUGAGAAUGAAGAGCUGAUCUAUGGCAAAUGGGAGGAUGAAAUCAUCUGGGACGCCGAACAGAUGACCAAAAUACCGAAGCCUAAAGUGCUCACACUCGAUCCAAAUGAUGAGAAUAUUAUUCUUGGCAUACCCGACGAUAUCGAUCCAUCGAAAAUCAGCAAAAAUACGGGCCCUCCACCGAAAAUUAAAAUACCUCAUCCACACGUCAAGAAAUCAAAGAUUUUGCUAGGCAAGGCUGGCGUUAUUAAUGUGUUAGCCGAGGAUACACCACCGCCGCCACCAAAAAGCCCAGAUCGCGAUCCAUUUAACAUUUCGAAUGAUUCGUACUAUCAGCCCAAGACAGAGCCAACAUUGCGCCUUAAAGUGGGUGGUGGCAAUUUGAUACAGCAUUCGACACCAGUAGUUGAGCUACGAUCGCCAUUUAUACCGACAUAUAUGGGCCCUAUGAAACUGCGCGCUUUCCAUCGCCCGCCACUGAAGCGUUUCUCUCACGGUCCAUUGGCUUCUCCAGGGCCGCAUAGUGUGCUGCCACUAUUUAAAUAUAUAGCCAAGAAGGCCAAACAACGCGAGCUGGAACGUAUUGCCUCCGGUGGUGGAGACGUGUUCUUCAUGCGUAAUCCUGAAGAUUUAAGUGGCAAAGAUGGCGAUAUAAUUUUAUGUGAAUUUUGUGAGGAACAUCCACCGUUGAUGAAUCAAGUUGGUAUGUGUUCAAAAAUCAAAAACUAUUACAAGCGCAAAGCUGCUAAAGACAAUGGGCCGCAGGACUUUAAAUAUGGUGAAGUCGCUUUUGCGCACACGAGUCCAUUUUUGGGUAUACUGCAACCAGGCCACUGUAUACAAGCACUGGAAAAUAAUAUGUACCGCGCACCGAUCUAUCCGCACAAUAUCAACCACACGGAUUUCCUUGUAAUACGAAACCGAAGCAAUUAUUGGGUGCGCGCUGUGAACGCGUUGUUCACCGUGGGCCAGGAGUGUCCGAUUUAUGAAGUCCCCGGCCCGAAUUCAAAACGUGCAAAUAAUUUCACAAGGGACUUUUUGCAGGUGUUCAUUUAUCGUUUAUUUUGGAAGAGUUCUGACAAUCCGCGACGCAUACGAAUGGACGACAUUAAGCGCGCGUUCCCGGCGCACUCGGAAAGCAGCAUACGCAAGCGUUUGAAGCAAUGUGCGGAUUUUAAGCGCACAGGUAUGGACUCGAACUGGUGGGUUAUCAAGCCGGAAUUCCGAUUGCCAUCUGAGGAAGAAAUACGCGCAAUGGUUUCGCCGGAACAGUGUUGUGCCUUCUUUAGCAUGAUUGCAGCUGAACAGAGGCUGAAAGAUGCUGGCUAUGGCGAAAAGUUCAUAUUUGCUCCACAAGAAGAUGACGAUGAAGAAGCACAGCUGAAGUUGGACGAUGAAGUUAAAGUGGCACCCUGGAAUACAACCCGUGCUUACAUACAGGCAAUGCGCGGCAAGUGUCUGCUGCAAUUGACGGGGCCAGCUGACCCGACGGGAUGUGGCGAAGGUUUUUCUUAUGUGCGCGUGCCUAACAAGCCUACGCAAACCAAAGAAGAACAAGAGUCGCAACCCAAGCGCACAGUCACAGGCACAGAUGCCGAUUUGCGUCGUCUUCCGCUGCAGCGUGCAAAGGAAUUACUGCGAAAAUUUAAAGUGCCUGAGGAGGAGAUACGAAAGUUGUCUCGCUGGGAAGUUAUCGACGUGGUGCGUACGCUUUCCACGGAAAAGGCCAAAGCUGGUGAACAAGGCAUGGAUAAGUUUUCGCGUGGCAAUCGUUUCUCCAUUGCAGAACAUCAAGAACGUUACAAGGAGGAAUGCCAGCGCAUUUUCGAUCUUCAAAACCGUGUGCUAGCAAGCUCCGAGGUGCUCUCCACCGAUGAGGAUGAGUCUUCGGCAUCUGAAGAGUCCGAUCUUGAAGAACUGGGUAAAAAUUUGGAGAAUAUGCUCUCAAAUAAGAAGACCUCCACACAACUCUCACUCGAACGCGAGGAGCAAGAGCGCGAAGAGUUAUUAAAGAAAAUUAUGGAAGAUCAAGAGGGUGGAAAGAGUGGUAAAGCAAAAGAUGGUAAAGACGAUAAUUCACAACAGCCAGUUGCGAAUCCAAAUCAGGGUCGCAUACUUAAGAUAACGCGCACCUUUAAAGAUCACGAGGGUAAGGAAUAUACGCGAGUAGAAAUUGUGCGUCGCCAGCCGAUCAUCGAUGCGUACGUGAUGAUACGCACAACGAAGGAUGAGCAAUUCAUCAAACAAUUCGCCACUCUGGACGAACAGCAAAAGGAAGAAAUGAAGCGUGAGAAGCGGCGCAUACAGGAGCAAUUGCGGCGCAUCAAGCGAAAUCAGGAACGCGAAAGGCUGGCACUGCUGGCACAGAAUCAAAAGCUGCAGCCUGGCGGCAUGCCGACUUCGCUGGGUGAUCCCAAAUCAUCUGGUGGCUCUUCGCAUAAAGAACGUGACGCACCGCACAAAGAAGUCAGUCCGUCACGCAAGAAGUUCAAAUUGAAGCCAGACUUGAAGUUGAAAUGCGGUGCCUGUGGCCAGGUUGGUCAUAUGCGUACUAAUAAGGCCUGUCCACUUUACACUGGCUUACAAGGGCCUUCGAAUUCCACCAGUGUUUCCGUCGCUGAAGAACAAGAAGAAGAGGUCGAAAAGGAGCCCAAUUGCGAGGACGACGAUCUAGUGAACGUAGAUGGCACCAAGGUAACCUUGAGCAGUAAGGUGCUCAAACGUCACGAGGAUGUACGUCGGCGCGCGUUAUUAUUGAAGGUGCCAAAAGAGGCGGUGGGCAAAAAGAAGCGACGCAUGGCGGGUGACCUGCAUUGCGACUAUUUGCAGCGCCAUAAUAAGACAGCGAACCGGCGUCGUACUGAUCCGGUGGUUGUUUUGUCCUCAAUUCUCGAAGCGAUACUCAAUGAGCUGCGCUCGAUGCCUGAUGUGACGCCAUUCCUAUUUCCAGUUAAUGCAAAGCUUGUACCCGACUAUUAUCGCAUUGUAACGAAGCCAAUGGAUCUGCAGACGAUGCGCGACUACAUACGUCAACGGCGCUACCAUAAUCGUGAAGAAUUUUUGGCCGACCUCAAUCAAAUAGUCGAAAAUUCAACGCUCUACAAUGGCGCACGCAGCUCGUUUACUGUUGCAGCACAACGCAUGCUGCAAAGUUGCUUUGAACUGUUAGCAGAAAAAGAAGAUAAAUUGAUGCGUCUGGAGAAAGCCAUUAAUCCGCUGCUAGAUGAUGAUGAUCAGGUUGCGCUGUCGUUUAUUUUUGAACAAUUGCAUGGCAAGAUCAAAUUGAUGCAGGAAAGUUGGCCGUUCUUGAAGCCCGUCAAUAAAAAACAGGUGCGUGACUACUACACCAUUAUUAAACGGCCAAUGGAUUUGGAAACAAUUGGCAAAAAUGUCGAAGCCCAUCGUUACCAUUCGCGUGCCGAGUUCUUGGCUGACAUUGAAUUGAUAGCAUCCAACUGUGAACAAUACAAUGGCAGCGAAUCGCGUUUCACCAAAAAUGCCAAAGUCAUACUCAAUUAUGCGCGCACACAGCUGGAAGAGUUCUCCGAGCAUUGCGCACAACUCGAACAAAAUAUUAGCAAAGUGCAAGAGCGUGCCCGCGCUGAUGCUGAGCUCGAUGACACAUGGUGCGGAGAUGACCAAGACUAUGAUUUUCCUCAUCGUACGAGUCGCUCGAGUACGCCCGAAAAUGAUUUUAUCGAUGUUGAGGGUAAUGAGCGGCCAACAACAUCAGCUGCGGCAGCAACGUCGUCCACGUCAACAUUGCAUCGCAAUUUUGCUGGUGGCAUUACCAUUCCUGCACCAGCAACUACGGUAGGUGGUGGCGCUGAUAUGGCUCCACCACCACCUGAUGUUAAGCGUGGACGUGGUCGUCCGCGCAAACCACGCGACACUGUGGAGGAAGUCAAAGUAAAUGCGAGCGCUGUUAAACGUGGGCGUGGCCGACCCCGCAAGGACAGCCUAGCCUCAAAUAUAAGUAACCCACAAAAUUCCUUUUUGGAAGAAGAUUUGCAGUGUUCAACGGAUGAUGAAGAGUUCCAGGAAGUGUCGGAGGACGAAAAUAACGCUGCGAGCAUACUGGAUCAAGGUGAACGUAUGCAACCCAAUAGCAGCGGCAUGGAAAGUGUCGGUGCGUUUGGUAUGGACCAAAUUGAUGUGUCGCACAUAAAAACGGAGAUGAAAAUAGAACCACCUCAACUUGCUAACGAGGAAGAUGGUGGAGAGCAACAUUGUGAGGAUGACAGCCAACAAGCCGCUGAGGCGAUGGUUCAAUUGAGUGGUGUUGGUUUCUACACUCAACAGCAGCAAGAUGACUCAAUGGAUUUGGAUCCCAAUUACGAUCCAUCUGAUUUCCUCAAUUUCGGUAAUCGUACCACCAAUAAUAAUAACGCUGACGACUUGCAAACACCCCAAACCCAAGCACAAUAUGCUAAAGACGAUGAUACUGCACAAACACAAUUCAACGCCAAUGCUAAUUUGCCUGAUGGUGGACCAAUGCCAGGUGAAAUGGCGUCCAUGCCACAAAUGCCACUUAUUAUGCCCAGCAAUGACAAUGUCGGCAUCGAUGAGGAUUUGGCAAUUUCGGAGAGUGACGAAGAGGAUGGUGGUAAUGACGCUCGCGUCGAUGUGAGCAUGAAGAGUGAGGUUUUCAAUGAUAGUGGCGAAAUGGCCAAUGAUGGCAUAGAUGCCAACAUACAUGCUAACGCAGUUGUAUCGCAAACUAAUGAAGUCUCAAUGGAUAUGGAUAUGCCGAAGCAAGAGCAGCACCAUCAACAGGAUGACAAUGAUGAUGAUGACUGGUUGCACUUUUAGAUGAACUAAAGUUUCAUAGGAUUUUUUACAUAUCUUAAUUUAUUAGAUAUUAACAAUAACUAGUUUAAUAAGAUAUUUGAAUAAAGUAUUUAUGUAAAUGAA